AUGGCGGCGUCUCUCCUGGCGUCCGCGCUCUUCCUGCUCUCCUCGCUCAUCUCCGCCAUCCUCUUCUCCCCGCACUCUCCCCCCCUCCUCCUCGCGCUCCCGGGGGAAGUGCGCCGGAUCUUCCUCCCCGCGCUCGUCCCGUCCGCGAUCGCGCGCGCGAGUGCCAGGGGCGGAUGGGUGGGGGGAAGGCAGCGCUUGGGUCUGCCGUCUUUCAUCAUUGCAGCUGAUGGUGCAGCCCAUCCGUCCCUCCGCAUGGUUCCACCUGCUCAGUCCGACCUCCCUGCCGAGGCUGUACUGGGGGAGGCUGUAUCUGGCGCGCGAAUGGCUCUUAUCCUCUCCUUUCAGGGCGUCUUAUCUCAUUCCCCUUUCUCUCUUCGUUCUUUCCCCUUUCUCCUCUCCUUUUGGGGCGUCUCAUAUCACUCUUCUCUUUCCCCUUCCUUCGUUCCUUUCUUUCCCUCUGCAGCAGCCCAUCCGUCCCUCCGCAUAGUUCCGCCUGCUCAGUCCGACCUCCCUGCUGAGGCUCUACUGGGGGAGGCUGUAUCUGGCGCCGUGCAUGGCACUCCAACCAACAAGAGGGAUGGUUCCAGGCCCCCCCUUUCCCCGGCCCCUGAUGCAAGCCUGGCGGAUGCUGGCGUGGGGGGGCUUGGAGAGGGGGGACGCGGAGUAGGAGUUGUUCUCCCUGCCGUUGAUGUGAGUGCAGGAGGGGAGAGGGAGGAGCAGGAGCAGGAGCAGGAACAGAGGCAGGGACAGGCAGAGCUGCAGCAACAGGAGGAGAGGGGUGUGGGGAGGGAUGAGGAGUGGAAUGCGGCAGUGGAGAGGGCAGUGGAGGAGGCGGUUUCAGAUGCCUUCUCCCGCGCCCAGUUCCUGCUCGCCUCUCUAGAUUCCGUGCGCCGGGCAGGUCGGGCAGCUCAGAAAGCUUUUUCUGACCGGAGCUUUGUUGCCCUGGUGGAGGAAGAAUUGGUUUUGCAUUUUGGGGAGGAGGAGAUGGAGGGGGAUGGGGAGGGAGGCCAAAAGAUUAGUGAGAAGGGGUUGAGGGGCGUUGAUGUGGAUGUAGGGGGGAGAGUGGGUGAGGAGGCAAGGCGGAGGGCUGAGGCAGUGGUAAGAACAGUGGUGGUGAUGAUGGGAGAGAGGGGGGAGGAGGGCGUGGAAAGUUCUAAGAUGGGCGCAGAAGGGGAGGAAGAGGAGGGAGAGGGAGGGGAGGAGGCAGAGGAGGGAGAGGAGGAGGGAGGGGAGGGAGCUGCUGGUGGUUCUACUGGUAGGCGCUUCAGGCUUGCAGAAAGGCUCAAGGGAUUGGGAGACGUGGCACGAGACAAGGUGUGGGACAUGGCCGACUCGCUUCUCUCUCGCUUGCGGGCUGCCGGGCAGAAAGUUGUCAGUGCGGAAGAGUUUCUUGCUGCCCGGGCGAGGUACGCUGCUGCCCGGGUGCACGAUGCUGGCAAGCGUGUUUUGGAUCGUGUGGUGGAGAGCGGUCGGGCAGCCAGGGAAGAUGCUGAGGCUGCCCGAGAUGCUCGGAGUUCGGGCAGGAAGCAAUUGACAGGUGCAGGCAGGCCGGGCAAACUGUGUGGGAGGGCGGAAAAAAAAACAGUUGGGGCAGUGGAAGGAGGAGUGAAGGGCGCAGUGGAGGGAGUGAGGGAGGUGGUGGAGGGGGUAGAGGAGGCAGUAAAGGAUGUGAGUGAGAGAGUGAAGGGAGUGGGGAGGUGUGUGGUGGAGGAGGGGUUUCUGCCACACACUCAUGGCCAUGGUCAUGGGCAUGGGCAUAAGAAUGAAGAGGCGGGAGCACCAUCCUCCCCUGCAGCACCCACGGCCUUCCUUGGUCCAGUGUAUGAUGUAGCCACAGAGGCUGUACGCAUGGAGCAUGGGGGGGAGGGGGAGUGGGGGGAAGAGGGGGUGGGGGAAGGUGCGGUGGGGCAGGUGGGGAGCGCAUGGGAUGCUGCAAAGGGUCGUGUGGAGGAAGGUGCGGAGAAUCUGCGGAGUGAGAUGAAGGAAGGUGCGGAGAAGUUGCAGGAGGAGGUGAAGGAAGGUGCUGAGAAAUUGCCGGAAAGGUUGAAGGAAGGUGCUGAGAAAUUGCCAGAAAGGGUGAAGGAAGGUGCUGAGGGAGCAUGGGAGGAGGCGAGGGAGAGAGGCAGCAAGAUGGGAGAGAAAGUGAAGGAAGGUGCUGAGAAGGCGUGGGAAGAGGUGAGGGAAGAGGGCAGCAGGGUGGGUGGGAAGAUGAGGGAGAAAGCUGAGGAGGGAUGGGAAGCAGUGGAGGGGGCUGGGGAGAAGAUGAGGGAGGGGGUGAGGAGGGAAGGGGGAGGCGAAGGGGAGGAAGGGGAGAUGGGGGAUGGGGUGUGGAUGGAAUUGCAAGGAGUGCGGUUUUUCCAGCCAGUACGAGAUGCAGUGCGUCCCAAGAAGGCCGACGGCAAAGAGACAGCAACAGGGGAAGCAGCAGAGGCAGAAGGGACAGAGGGAGCAGAGCAGCAGGAGCAGAUGCAGCAGUGGGAGCAGUGGGAGAGGGUGAACCCACCCUUCCCCUCUAGUGCUCUAAUGUCCCGCCUGCCCCUUUGGUUCCAACGCCUCGUACUGCCCAUCCCCCUCCUCUCCCACCUCUCCUCCCUCCCCACCUCGCCUCCUCUCCUCGUCCCUGCUCUCAUCCGCACAGCCCACCUCGCUGCUUUCUCUCUCGCCUACACGCUCACUCUCGUCCUCACCUUCCUGCCCAUCGGGCAGCUCCGAAAUGUUUUCUCACCUUCGCCUGCCCAGUUGGGUUCGAUGGUCGAGCGGGCGGUUCUUAGGGUGCUCUUUGCCACGUCAGCACUCUGCCUUCUCUCCCUAUCCCUCGCACACUCCGGUAAUCCCCUCUCCCCCUUCCUCCCUUCUCCGUCGCCUCUCCUUAGCCCUGCGUGGAGAGAAGGGGGGGAAGAUGAGGAGAGUGGCGGAGGAGAGCGGGAAGCAUGGGUGGAGGGGGCAGGGGGGAUGGGAGGGGGAGUGGCGGAGUGGGGGAAUGAGUUGCAGCUGUGGCUGCUGGCGGCAGCAACGGUGUUGUCAGCACUGCUGGCGCUCAUUCUGCAACCGCUGCUGUCCUAUAGCAUGGAGGAAGCAGCAGCGCUCGCUCGCGGCCCCUCCUCUCCCACGCCUCACCACAAGCGCCCCCGCUACUCCUGGCGUCUGCGCCGCCACUCUGCACUGCAUGCCACCACACCAGCAGCACCAGGAACCCCUCCGCAAACCCCUCAACCUCCGGCUACUACUCAUGCGGCUCACAUCGGUGAAGCGCCUAUUCCUCCCGCUGCUUCGUUUGCCGAAGCUACUGCUGCAGUGGUCUCUUCUUUCGUCUCGGAGGGAGCAGCAAUGGCAGCACAAGAGCUUCCUACUGCUGCUGCUGCUGCUAGGCCAGCACAGGAAUCAGAGGCAGUGGAAGGGACGGAAGGGGAGGGUGUGGAAGGGACGGGAGGGGAGAGGGUGAUGGGGCAGCAGCAGCUGCUGCAGCAGUGGCAGCAGAAGCUGCAGUGGCGGGUGCGGGUGCUGACUGUGCUCAAGAGUGUGGCGACUCACGCCCUGUUGGCGGUGCUUACGUGGCACCUGUGGCACCUGGCGUGUCGUGUGCUCAUGUAA